AUGCGACAAUACAACACUUUGUUCGCAUUUACAUCAUUUGGCACCGAUGCUACGCCUGAGCAGCUCCAAAGAGAUAGAGAGAAUGAGAUGAGAGGCGGCAUCACGCCGGUUCGUGUUCAUGGGGAACUCUAUCACUUGCAAGUACCACUAAAUUUGAGCAAUGUGCCAAAGUAUAGCCAGCUGUACGUUUACGACCCAGAGUAUGCCGCUGCGAUUCGCUGUGCAGACCCCAGAAAUCAAGGAUUGGACGACACGAUCAUUGAGCAACUAAGUGAAAUGAUUGCUGAUCCUUUAGUUUGUGGCAAUCCAUUUGUAAGCAUCUACAAACAUGCUCACGAAAUCCUGAAAGAAGAAGAAGAGAGGCAAGCUCAAGAUGGUGUUAGCGAGAAUGCUCACAUCAGGCUCAGUCCUCAGAUGCAAAUGGAAUUGGUUGUUGGCAAGGACAAACGCACUCAAAAUCUGCCAACUGCUGUCAACGAGAUUGCUGCCAUCAUCCCAAACGAGUGUUCUGACAGGAGUUUCAGAGAUAUUUUGAUCACAUAUCGUAGCAAUUCCUCGGCCAGGGCUCAAGGCCAGUUUAAGCGUAUCAAUGAGACACAUGCUGCAUAUAUGCCUCUUCAUUAUGCUUUGCUUUUUCCUAGAGGUGAAUAUGGGUGGAAUUGGGGCCAUCGACUGCAAUCGUCAGCGCAAACUGUUGAUGCCAUGAUUAUUGAGAGCGAAGAAGAUGAGACACCAGCAGAGCAACAACAACAGCAAGUGUCAGAUAGCCGACUUACCCAGGGCGUGUUCUACAGAUUUCGAUUGCAUACGAAUCUUCGCGCUGAUGUGUAUAAAGGACUUGCUGAUGCUACCUCUGCUGCUGACUCAGACCUCGAACAGGUGGGAAAGACGUUCAUCUUGCCCAGUAGCUUCACUGGUGGACCGCGAUUCAUGAUGCAGCUAUACCAAAAUGCAAUGGCUAUCUCUAGAUUCUUUGGUAAGCCAACGUUCUUCAUCACAUUUACUGCCAACCCAAACUGGAGGGAGAUCCAAGAUGAAUUGUUGCCAGGCCAAACGGCCGCUGAUCGCCCCGACUUGGUUGCUCGAGUAUUCAACCUUAAGCACCGAGAGCUGCUUAAAGACUUGAAAGACAGAAAGGUCUUUGGCUGUUAUAAAGGCAUUGUAAGGACUAUUGAGUAUCAAAAGCGUGGUCUCCCUCACGGUCAUAUGCUAUUAUUUUUGGAUGCAGAAACAGAGAGGAUUGAUCAGAUCAUUUGUGCUGAGAUCCCAAAUGUUGAAGAAGAACCUGAAUUGCAUGCAAUCAUCACUCGCAAUAUGAUGCAUGGCCCAUGUGGCGAGCUAAACUCAAAGUCUCCGUGUAUGGUACAAGAUGCUUUUGGCAAUGAUGUAUGCUCAAAGAAAUUUCCCAAAAACUACCAGCCAGUAACGGUGACCAGUGCUGAUGGUUAUCCUACUUAUAGAAGAAGAAGAGAUGGUCGUUCUCAUCAGGUGCGCGUUAAGGACAAGUUGGGUGUCUACCGCGAUUUCCACAUGACGAAUGAGUGGGUAGUGCCAUACAACCCUUAUUUGUCAAAAAAAUACAAUGCCCAUGUAAAUGUCAAAGUAUGUGGUAGCGUCCAGGCAAUUAAGUACAUCAACAAGUAUAUUUACAAAGGCUCUGAUCAGACAACGCUCAAAACUACAACCACCACCACAGCCACUGAAACAGCAAAUGCUGUAAUGAAAUAG